CGCUGCUUGAUAAGAAACAAUAUAGCAAAAAUUCCCGCUGCCCAAACAAAGGAGCCAUGCAUCCGCUGCUGUCCCUGUGUGUUGUCUGGCUGCUGUCCAUGGCCUUGGCACUAGGAGAAGAAUCCUCAGUAAACUCUUUUCCCCGUAGAACUGUCCCCUAUCACCGGGACAAUAUUUACAUGUUUCAUGAGGAAGGUGUCUUCAACUAUUCCACUAUGCUGUUAAGAGAAGACUUGGGCCUGUUGGUCAUUGGAGCCCGGGAGGCAGUUUAUGCUGUAGAUCUCCAUGAUGUCUCUAAAAAGUUGGCUUCAGUGAAAUGGGAAGUGACACAAAAACAAAGAGAGGAUUGUGGAAACAAAGGGAAAAACCCAGAGACUGAGUGCAAGAACUAUAUUAGAAUCCUCCAUGAAAUGGAAGACAACAGAAUGUAUGUGUGUGGGACUAAUGCUUUUGACCCAAUGUGUGACUACAUGUCAUAUGUAGAUGGGAAAAUGAUGCUUGAAAACAAGACUGAAAAUGGCAAAGGCAAAUGUCCAUUUGAUCCAUAUCAAAAAUAUGCUUCUCUUAUGGUUGAUGAUGACUUGUACUCUGCCACUUCUAUGAAUUUCCUGGGUUCAGAGCCUGUUCUUAUCCGGAGUCCUGACGUUUCAAUUCGAACUGAGUUCAAAACCUCAUGGCUCAAUGAGCCCCACUUUGUAUCGAUGGCCUAUCUGCCUGAGAGUGUUAACAGUACUACUGGAGACGAUGACAAGGUUUACCUGUUCUUUAGUGAGACAGCAGUCGAGUGUGACUGCUACAAUAAGCCUGUGGUGUCACGUGUGGCCCGUGUGUGCAAGGGUGAUCUAGGAGGGCAGAGGACCUUGCAGAAAAAGUGGACUUCUUUCUUGAAGGCUACACUGGAGUGUCCCGUCCUGGAGUCUCAGCCGCCUUACAUUAUCCAGGAUACUUACCGCUGGUGUGACCCCAAGAAGCCCUGGACUAGCUGUUUGUUCUACACCAUCUUUACCCCUCAGUCAGACACAUCAGACUUGUCGGCUGUGUGUGUGUACAAAGUGUCAGACAUCAGCCAAGUGUUUUCAGAGGGCAAGUACAAGACCCCAGUCACUGUAGAGACGUCUUUUGUUAAAUGGGUGAUGUAUAGCGGAGAGGUCCCUUCUCCACGGCCAGGAGCAUGUAUUGACAAUGCAGCUCGUAAAGCGGGUAUAAAUGAGACUUUAGACCUCCCUGAUCAGACCCUUGAAUUUGUCAAAAAUAGGCCUCUCAUGGACCAGGUCAUUCAGCCCAUGGGAGGAAAACCCAGUUUGGUCCGAAAGGGGGCCAUGUUCACACAAAUCAUUGUUAACCAAGUGCAGGCUGAGGACAACAAAACGUACCACGUCAUGUUUAUAGGCACAGAAAAUGGCACCAUUGUGAAAGCUGUGAACUAUAAUGGCGAAAUGUUCAUCAUUGAGGAAGUACAUGUCUUUAAGUUAGCAGAGCCCAUUAAGAUCCUUCGUUUUUCCACCGUCACAGAUCAGCUGUAUGCUGGCUCAGACUCCGGAGUAGUGCAGAUACCUUUGGCCACCUGCGAAAGGUCUUCCACCUGUAUGGACUGUGUUCUUAGCCGAGACCCAUACUGUGGCUGGGAUGACAGGACAGGGAAAUGUGUGACUCUUCUUUCAAAAUCACAAAAUAAACUCAUACAAAGUGUGCAAGAUGGUGAUGCAUCUCUUUGCCCAAAACCAGCCCCAUCUACACCGGUUAAUCAAUCUGUUAGGGUUGGUGGAAGCCUGAAGCUUCACUGUACUAAUCCAUCCAAUCAUGCUGUAACCAUCUGGGAGCAAGACAGGCUAACACUGAACCCUACACAUCGUCACCAUUUUUUAAAAGAUGGUUUGCUGAUUUUAAAUGCUUCAGACUCAGAUGCUGGUCUGUACUCCUGUCUCUCAGUUGAACGUUCCAAAAUGAACACGUACACAAGCACUGUAGUCGAGUACCAAGUUACCAUAGCCUUGUCUGGAAAGGAGGAUGGCAUUGGGUUUCCUCAUGCACAGCGGGAUGGCCUACAUGUUGCUAUUGCAAUCUUUGCAAUUGCUUUUUUUGGGCUAUUUUCAUGGAAUAUAUACAAAGGACAUUUUACUCGGUCAUGCAGAGACAAGAGUGGACAACUGUCUCCUGAGGUCCACGAGGAGAUGGCCUUAGACUCCAUUGUUGUGGUUAUUAUUGACCACAACAAUGGAGAAGCCACAUAG